ACGACAGCGCACGUUCAUUGGCACAGACGUGUUCCGUUUUCCGGUAGGAAGAGGACAGGUGUUAAGAAAAUAUCAGGAAAUGUGUUGGAGACAGUAGUCAGUUAGACAGUAGUCAUGCCUGGUAGGAUAUGUGUGCUGCUGGUGCUUCUGUGCCUCGUGAGUUUCUGCCGCGGUAGCGAAAAGCCAGGGGAGGUGCUCCUGGUCGUCGCCUGCCCACCGUAUCCUUUGCAGGCGAGAAAUGAGUGCUCAGCCUUAUCGCACAGCGUGCUGGAGCAGCAGCGAGCACUGGUGCUGGCCGGGAUCUUCUCCGGAGACUUUGUCCUGAAGGUUCAUGUGAUGCAUGAGCUAUUCAACUACUGGACCCUGGUGGACGCACUGCCUCAUCUGCGAGCCCAGGCACGUGUGCUGGGUGCGCGCACGGAAUGGAUUAUAUGGUGUCAACACAACACGCGUGUGACCUCGCUGCGCGGCCUGCUCGAGCAACUGCGUCGCCAGGACCCCAGGGAGCUCUCCUUCUACGGCCACGCCCUCUACGAUGCGGAGGCCACCAUUAUCCACCACUUCUCGAACUACCAGGAUCCCCAGCGGUUCCCGUACCCCAUGCUCAGUGCCGGAGUCGUUUUCUCUGGUGCUCUGUUGCGAAGGUUGGCGGAUCUGGUGGCUCCCAAUGGCCACAACAUCAGCCUUCACAGCGACUUCUCCAUUGAUGCCUCUCACGAGCUGGCGCGCUUUAUAUUCGACAAUGUAUCGCCGCAUCCGCACAUUAGCACCCCGAUUUCCGGAGGAAUCAUGCUGAAAGGUGCCAGCUACAUUUGCCCCACCGCCGCAUCCGUGCCGCACAGGAAAGUGGCAUGUGUGCUGCACGCGCAGCCGGAGGAGCCACUGACUUCGUUGGGGCAGCGGAGGAAUGGCUGUGACGAGCAGCAGCACACAACAGGAUCGCACAUAUACUUCGCCAUCAAAACCUGUGCGAAAUUCCACAAGGAACGCAUACCAAUCAUCGAGCGCACCUGGGCAGCCGACGCCCGGAACAGGAGAUACUACAGCGAUGUGGCAGACGCCAGCAUUCCGACAAUCGGCACUGGAAUACCCAAUGUGCAGUCUGGACACUGUGCCAAGAUGAUGGCCAUCCUACGAUUAUCCCUCAAGGACAUCGGCGAGCAACAGGACAUCCACUGGCUCAUGCUCGUCGACGAUGACACGCUGCUGAGUGUGCCCCGACUGAGCGUCCUCCUGUGCCGCCACAACGCCUCGGAGCUGGUGUACCUGGGCCAGCGAUAUGGCUACCGACUGCACGCUCCCGACGGCUUCAAUUACCACACGGGUGGAGCCGGCAUCGUGCUCAGCAUGCCGCUGGUGCGGCUCAUCGUGGAGCGCUGCAGUUGCCCCAGUGCCAGCGCACCCGACGACAUGAUCCUGGGCUACUGCCUCCAAGCGCUGGGCGUGCCGGCGAUGCCCGCUGCCGGAUUGCAUCAGGCCAGGCCGCAGGACUACGCCGGCGAACUGCUGCAGCUGCAGCCGCCGCUGUCCUUCCACAAGUUCUGGAACACCGAUCCGGAGCACACCUACCGCCGCUGGCUGGGAGGCAGCCUGGUCAACCGUAGUGCCCCGCUGGCGCCGCACCAGGAGCAGCCCGCUGCUGGACCACUCCACACGAUGAUGGGGCGACAUUCCUUGGCCGCAGGCGUCGGUUUGCUGCAGGAAACGGGGCUGGGCAAGCACCUGGAUCUCUGAGCCGCUGAGUUUACACUUUGUGUUCUUCUCUAUCAGCUUAAGUCCUCAGAAAAACCGUUUCAAAAUGGUGCGGAUAUCAUCUUGAGUUGGAGGGGCACGUAGAAUUUUGCGACUUUUGCAUAAAAUUACAGUUUGUCCUGCAGAUAGACACUAGUGGAGAUUACAGGGACAACAGCCAUGUGGUUGCCUCUGGCUCUUUGGAAGUGGAUUAUGGAUUAUGCUGAACAAUGUGACAUCACUGGGAGUCCAGCCAGGACAGCGGCGUUAAUCUUGUCCUGCAACAUCAAGAAGUUAAGCCAUCAGAAAAUUUAAGUAACCGCCCUGGAGCUGGACGGGAUGCACAACAGGGCAGAAAUUGUUUAAAAGAUUUCUUUUGGCCAAAGUGAGUUCAAUCCUUGGGGAUUUGUGAGCAUUUGUGAGCACAGGGGCGAGGUCGAAGUUCAACGGCGCUACAGCUGUGCGCAAAAAAGUAGUUACAGAGCUGGAAAUUAAAGUAUUGAACUGACUAAAGUUGAUUGAGUUUCAUUUGAUCAUAAAGUAAUAAUAAUUUAUAUAUUUAUAUUAGUAUAUAUAGUAAUCUUAAAAUAACAUAUAAAAACAAAUACCAAGAUAUCCAAACAGCAGAACUUUAUACCCUGUAAUCAAAGAGUAUACAACACAUAUGCAUUGUUUUAUUACUUCCGUAAUGCAUUUAAUGAUUUACAAAAAGAGUUUAUUUAUUUUUAUGUUCACAGGCGUGUAUUUCAUGUUGGGACCAACUUCGACAUCCAGUUCCCUGUUGAAAUGAGGCAAUUGUUUUAGUUUGUCUUUGAAUUUUGAAUUCCCGCACUUGGCGAUUUUAACACACGUAAACAUAUUGGGUAAACAUAAUGGGGUCCUUUCAAUUUAUAUAAAAUUCUUAAGGUGCUGCAUUGCUCUUAAGUUAGUUUAAGCUAUGGCCUUUGAUUUUAAAGCCUUCUUAUUUUAAAAGAUUUUACUUAUUAUCAGAACUAAUAAUAAACCUAAUUGGGUAAUGAUAUACAAGAUGUUCUUGUAGAAAACCUAAAUUAAUAAUUGUAUUUCAAAGUAAAGGGAGUUUUGAACUUCAUUCUUCUGUUUCGAGUUCUAGGAUAACACGUGUCAUCAAUCCAAACUUGCCACAUUUAGCCAACUGCCUGGAGUCAUUUGCCAGCCGCAAUUUGCGGAAAAAAUAAAACAGUAGGACUACAAUGAAGAUCGCAUCAAAAUGGGGGAUGCCGCCAAUGAGUUUCUUUCCUUUUUUGGACUCCGUGUCAGUUAACGUGCAAUAAAUUCCAUGUCCAUGUCCAAACUUGAGUUUAACUCGA